AUGGAAGUUAAUAUGAAAGAAUUACAAGAAGGUCCUGCUCUGGCUAUCGAAGGCCAAACAAAUAUAGAUUUAGAUUCUGAGGAGAGGAAUUUAGAGGAAGGAAAAACUAAGAACCAUAUAUAGGUUCCUGUAAAACCUGCAAAAUAUAUUCUCACAUAGGGUGAUAAGAUGGCAUUGAAAUUGGCAAAAGGUCUAAUCUUGAGCAAUCUAAUUGGAUUUGUUUUGUUAUUUAUUGGAUGUGCUGUCAUCUACACAACGCUCAAAUCUAACUGGUAUGAUGAGAUGAUAGUGUCCUUUUAAAUCUUCAUAUUUUCAGACGUCCUUCUUUUGGGAGAAAAGAUUUUGUUUUUCGCAGCCUUGAUAAACAAGAAAAAGAUGGUUAAAUUAUGUCCCUUCUUAAAUGUAGUCUCUUUAUUACUGAAGAUAGUGGCCAGUGGAUUGAUUGUUCACACUCUCCCUAGUCCACUCAUAGUUAGUCUCAUUUUGGUGUUACUCUAAAUGCCUCAUAACAUCAUGAUUAAAGUGAUCACCAAAAGAUGGAGGAACAUCCCUCAAAGGAAGUGGAAAAAACAAUUAGUUUUAGUUAGAAAACCAAUCCCUUAGAAGUGA